ACGAGAACACGUCGUCGCGGGGCGCCGCACGUGCACGCUCUGCGGAAACCGGCAAAUAACCCCCCCUCUCCCUACCUCCCCCUCACGCGCCCACCCAACACAAAAAAAACCUCGUGCAUCAAAUAUAUACAGCCUUUAUUCUAGCAGGACCAGCAAAAGCUGCAGACACGUCGUGGCCCCGCAGCGACUGGGCGCGCGUUGCUGUUCGCCAAACAUGAGGCGCAAAGAGCGAAACACCCCGGCGGGAGGCAGGAGAUAAGACGAAUACAUUUUGAUAGCAAGAAUUGAAAGGAGAAGGAGAAACAAAAGUCGACGCGUCGAGUCGGAGGAACCCGGAGCGACGGUGCAAAGCGAACAGCUGACCUCGACCCCCCCAGUCGGACGGUGGCAGUUGUUUUUUUUGUUUUGUUUUUUUUAAAUGGAGAUGUCGAGAUUUGUCCUCCGGUCUCUUCCUCCGACACACAUGCUGCCGAUGGUGGUGAUGAUGAUGUUUGCGUAGGAGUGAUUUAUUUUGUCGGGUGCGCUGUAGUCUCUGCUGCUCGAACAACUCCAGACGAGCGGUGGAUGGAACUGCGCGUCGCUCCCACGUCGUUUCCACGGAGAUUGGGUUUUUUUUUUCCUUCUGGUCUCUGGGGUGUUUUUUAGUCUUUCUUUCGAGUCUGGAAUUGGACAGGAAAACGUUUUGCACGCCAAGGAUGUGCCCGGAAAAGUAGUCUGGCAGCAGAGAAUAAGGAACAUUUCGCAACGGACGUGUAUUACGUUUGGUCUGUUUUUUUUUUAUUUAUACUGUUUUUUUUACAACAACUAAAGCGGAUCAGGCCCAGCCUGGGUUAUUUCUACUUAAGUCAGCUCCAUUACUUCGAUAGCUGUCACACAUCAGUGUUUGGCUGAUUACUUUGCUGACAUUUGGGGCUUUUUUGUGUGUGCUGUUGCCCUCAUUAUUAAGUGACUGAGGUUGACAACAAAGUACAACCAGCAGAGCUCGGAACCUGAGCUCCAAGGAGCCGCCGCCACCCUAAAUGUGACCCGGUGAAUUCCUCUUAUCUCUGGAGGUUUUGGGCAAUUACCCACAGCGCAGUGUGUUGCGUGGGCCAAUGGCACCUCCAGAUUGUGGAUGUAAUGAAGAGAAAAAGAGUCUCUACCCACGUCUGUCAAGGGUCCGCGGGGUUUUCCCAAAAUAUGCUGUUGAUGGAGAGCUAUUCGAAUGACAGCCGGGACAGUGGUCAUCACUGGUGGAAUUCUAGCUACGGUUAUAUUACUCCUUAUCAUCGCAGUACUGUGCUACUGUAGGCUGCAGUAUUAUUGCUGCAAGAAGGAAGAGUCCGAGUCGGAGGAGGAGGAGCCAGACUUUGCCGUAACGUCCCGCCUACCACCGGUCCACUCCAACCACAACAUUGUGGCGGCGACGGCCGCCGCCUCCUCCAUCCCCAAUGGCCCCGCGCUGUUCUCCACGCCUCCGCUGGCCAGGAAACUGACGCGCUCGCAGACCUUCUGUCCGUCCUGUACGCACUAUGACCUGCCUUUCUACCUCCAGCCCCCCGCUCAGCCGCAGAUCCACCAUCAACCGGAUGGCUUGAGGAACGGAGGUGAGCGGAUCAGCUACCGCAGCGUGCAGCAGCAGGAUCUGGACUUACCGGUGCCUGUGAACAUUUCAAACUACCGUAAACCAAACCUCGGCCGGUCGGUCACCAUGAGGGACAUGUUCACCCGCAGCUGCAGCAUCAGCACUGAUGUUUAGCCCGGGCGAGUUUGGUGCAAACUCAUCCGAGCUUAGAUGAACCGCGAUGGCCGCUUUGGAACUGGGUUUCCGUCUCACCAGUUUAGUCCAGUCCAGUAUGCUCUGAGCCGGCCUGUUUCCGUUCCACUGGUCACCUCUUGUUGAAGGGAGGAAUCAGAUGGCUCUCGGGACGGGAUCUACAGAUUCUACGCUCAGGUCCAGGACGUACACUUGGGCCACUAUAGAGUUUAAAGUAGUUAAAAUGUGUUAAGUCAAAAGUAUUAAGUUCAACAAUGACGUGAACCUCUUGAUUACAUUAUUUUGUAUUGUUCAAUAGCUCUUUUGUAACACUAAGAAUGGGAUUUGUUUCACGCUUUGAUGAUGUUUGUGUGUCCCUACUUCCUGUGGACUCUUGUACUCGUGGCCUGAAAGAUACACAGAUUCCUGCCAUGUCGAAAUGACAUAAUCGGCGGGGAUUUCCUCUCUGCCAUAGCUGCUAAUAUGAUCCCAGAAGUCCAGUGUUUCUGUCUCCUAUGAUGGGAUGAUCGGUCUGUUCCUCCAUCCACAGAUUACAGCGAUCACUACCACCAGUGCAGGAAAGCGACGCCAUGUUUUAGCUGCCGCCCACUGGCAUUACAGAUCGACUUAACUUAGGCCGUGAUAUAUUAUGACAUAAAGGGCUCGCGGAAGAUGGAAAAUCCCUGCUUGUUGUCCACAUCCUUCCCGCAGUUUGACGGGAGGCUGUAUUUUUCUGAGCGCCUGUUGACCGCGCAAAGUGUACGUACAGUAUCCACUUCAGCAGAGACCGGCCUGUGUGUUCUCGAAGGCAGCGCACAAGGUGCCAAAAGGGGGGAGGGGGGGGUCCUCGCAUUCAUGUGACUGUGCUUGCAUGCAUGUGUGUGUGUGUGUGUGCGUGUGUGUGCGUGUGUGUGUGUGUGUGUGUGUGUGUAACUCGAUGAGUUAUACCAUGACUCUUAUUCCAUACAAUUAAACAGCCUGUCACCCCUACACGUAUACGAACCCAGCGGUGGGUUGCAAUAGCAUUUUGAACAUGUUUGGGAAGGGGUUGGAUUUGUAGUCCGAGAAGUAACACAUCAUCAACUUCACAGUGAGAUAAUCGAUAAGUUCUUUACUGAGGUUUAAAGGUGUGGUCCCUUCACUGCAGUCAUCUGAUUUGUUGACACGUGGAUACAUGGGUUACAAUUCACCUUUAAGCGCACAUGUAUAGAUAUUUAACAGGCCAUAGCAUACACAGUCUCUCUCUCUCUCUCUCUCUCUCUCUCACCCGACUUCUUGGAUUGAGGAACAUUUCCUCCUCUGAGGUGUUUAAAGAAUUCUUACUCUGGAUUGUUUUUGGUUUUCUGCACUGGACUAAACCGGCCUGACGGGGGGGAAGAGCAGUGGCGGAUUUCUUUGGACACAGGAUGAACAUUUCAUGAAUGAAAUGAAUCAAUGCUGGAUUUCAUGAAGAAAUGCUUGUGGUUGUGUGAGCGGCUUGAAGCUGAUUUGAUUCUCUCUCGUAUCUCCUCCUUCUCCUCCUCUCUUGCUCUUUCUCUACUUCUGUCUCUCUCUUGCUCAUUUAUAUUCCAAAAGGGUGAAACAGUGAGUGAUUUUUUAAAAGUUUUUCCUCUUGUGACAUGUGCUUUACUGCAAAUACACUACGACAUACAUAAGCGUGCACACACACACACACAAUUUUAUGUUCCACUUAACACUCUUGAAAGUUACCCUAACGAUACCACUCUUACCCGAACCCUAACAACCAACCCUAACCUUAACGUGACCCUUACCUUCAACGUCCGGUCUUCAUCCUGUAAUGUAAUAAUUUACAUUACGCGGAGGUGAAUUUCGUCCCCACGAUGAGACUAUGAACAGAUUUAUGUAACCACACCACGAGUAACUCUCACACACACACACACACACACAUAGUCCGCAAUGCUUUGCUUUUACCUUUAAACAGAUGUGAUAGUUGCACAGGAAAUUUUGUGCCAUAAAGAAUUCUGAGAGAAAUUUAUUAUUAUAGUGAUUCAUAUUAUUGCAAGUGUAUACUGAAAUGCAGUGUUGCUGUCCUAUUUAAAUUUCUUGCUUUAUUUUAUGAUCCAGCUGUUUUUUCAGACUAAGUACAGUACAGCAGAAAUGUUUCUGUCCUUGUUUCUAAUAUAUGACUAACAGACACAUUGUUGCUAAUAAAAUGGUGUGAAAAUCC